AUGAGUACUGCAAUCGACACGUUUAUUUAUCUUCAACGAGAUAUUGAACAAUCAUUUCAACGUGUUCAAAAUAUCUUCAAUUCUUCUCAUUAUGAUCAGCAUGAAGUUAAUCAAAUCUUUAAUCAUAUAUCAUGUACGCUUGAUGAUUUACAAAAAGUAAAUCAAUUAAUCGUUUCAACAUCCAGCGUUGAAAAUCACCCGGUAAAUAUUACAUCUAAUCGAAAUGCUCCUCAUUUAUUAAAUUUAUCUGAAAAUGAAAAUGAUUUUAAUGAAGAAGAUACAAAAUUUAUACAACAAAAACCUAAUACUCAAAUAUCUAUUAAAGAGCAAGCACAAAAAGGUUUUACAGUUAGUUAUUCAAAAGAAAAUGAAGAACCGUUAUUAUCUUCUAAUUCAACCAUAAUCAAUACUACAACAGUUCUUUUACCGUCAUCUGAUGAACGUGAAGAUUUUAUUCAUCGUAUGAAAUUACAAUAUGAUUAUUAUAAAACUAAAAUUGAACCAGUAAAAGAAGAAAGUCAAAUGGAAAUAAUUCAUCUUGAUCAAACACCAGAAGAUGAAAAAAAUGAGGAUCAUAUUAUUCAUAAACAAGAUGAACAUCUUGAACAUAUUCAUCAUUCAAUAAUAUCAUUAAAAAAUUUAACACAAAAUAUUAAUUUUGAAAUUGAUGAUCAUAUUCGUGUUUUAGAUAAUCUUGAAACAGAUAAAAAACGACCAAUGGUUCGAAGUGGUUCAGGUGUUAUUGCAAAUAUUUCUGUAGACUUAAAUAAACCGGAAAAACAAAAUGCAAAAUUUUGUCUUUCACGUGUUCUUCUCAAUGAUAUUCAUCUUUUAAAAUCAAGUAUGAGUGACAAACCAAAUAAGGCUGCAUUGGAACAAAUUACAGAUAAAAUGGAAGAGCUUGAUGUUGAUAAAGAGCAAAAAGAUGAAGAGCUCGACGAAGAAACAUUAGCUAUGAAAGCCAUGGGUUUACCAACUUCAUUUACAUCAUCAUUGAUUGAACGAUCAAAACCUCAUCAACAAACACGUUUACGAUCCUUAUCUAAUGAACAAACGACAGAUGAUUCAUUACUGGAAAAUAGUCAGUUAACUAAUAGUGAUUUAUUUAAAAAUGCAUUGGAUGAUUGGCUUGAAUAUUGGAAUCGUGAUGGUUAUCAAUUAGCAACAAAUACAUGGACAACAAAUUCAGAUAUUCAUAAUCAUUCUGAUGGACAUGAUACAUCACAUUCAUCAGAUGAUUCAUUAACAAAUAUUCAAUCUGAUCAAGUCUUAACUGAUCUUUGGCGUGAACAUUAUUUAUCUACAUAUGAUAAAACUCUUCGUGAAUAUUGUAUUAAUCAUGAAUUCGAUUAUGAACAGUUUGUUGAUUAUAUUACAAAUAUGUAUGGUAAUAAUGAGAAUGAUUCACGAAUAAAAACUAUAAAUGAAUUUGAUUCUAAUGAAGAUAAUGGUGAAAUGCAUAAACGAAUGAAAACUGAUAGUGAUUUAAUCGAUGAACAAAACGAAACAAAAAAUCAAUUUGAACAUCUUGGGCUUUAUUUAGAUAAUUCAAAUUUAUUAAAUAUAAAAUCAUCAUUAAUUGAAUAUACAAAAAAUUGGAAUCAUUUAUCAUAUGGACUUAUUCUUAAACAAACUAUUAAUCUACAUACACAAUCGAUUGAUGAUGAUAAAAUGAUCAUUGAUGAUGAACUUAAUAAAGAUAGCAAACGAAAAGGAAAAAAAUCCAAAUCAAAACAAAUUGUUCUUGAUAAGAAAAAUAUUCCUGAAGAAUUUCAUAAUGAUUCAGAACUUUUAAAAUAUUGGCUUCAACGUUAUCGACUUUUUUCAAAAUUUGAUGAAGGAAUUGUUCUUGAUAGAGAGGGAUGGUUUAGUGUGACACCGGAAAAAAUUGCACGACAUAUUGCGAAACGUUGUCGAUGUGAUGUUAUUGUUGAUGCUUUUUGUGGUGCUGGAGGAAAUACAAUACAAUUUGCAUUUACUUGUGAAAGAGUUAUUGCUAUUGAUAUUGAUCCGAAAAAAAUCGAAAUGGCAAAACAAAAUGCUCGAGUUUAUGGAGUCGAAGAUCGAAUUGAAUUUAUUCAAGGUGAUUUUCUUAAAUUGGCUCCAACAUUAACCGCUGAUAUUGUCUAUUUAAGUCCACCAUGGGGUGGUCCAUCCUAUGGUUCAAUUGAUAUAUUUGAUCUUGAAAAAAAUAUUGAAUUAAAUGGUUAUCGAGUAUUUGAAGUUGCUAAAGCAAUAACACCAAAUGUUGUCUAUUUCUUACCACGAAAUGUUAAUGUUGAACAAGUUAUAUCAUUAAUGGAUGAUAAAUCACCAUUAGAACUUGAACAAAAUUUUCUCAACAAUCGAUUAAAAACGAUAACAGCAUAUUUUGGUGAUAUAGCUAAACAAAUUAAUUAUUAA